CCUUGUCUCCCUUCCUAACCACUCGCCCCUACUUCCAUCUCCGUCCGCCCCACGCCCCCACGAGUCUUCAUCUUUCCGUUCCCGUCACAAGGACACUGUCGAGAGGGAGAGGGAGAGGGAGAGAGAGAGAGGACGUGGGUCAAAAAGACGAGAGGGGGCAGCAACAUUGCAGUGCACAAGUCGGUGGCCUGUCUUCGUCAGGGAUCUCCUGAGACACUGACUCACGCCUCCCCCUCUACCCCACGGCACCGCUCUCACCCCGAGGCGUAGAGCAGCUGAAGCAGUAGCCGACAAACACAGGGAGGGAGAUCCGCCCUCUCUCUCUCUCGACCUCCCCCCUCCUCUUUUCCUUAUAUAGAGAUGGUUUCCGUCAUGAAAUGAACGGCGACGCCAGCCCCAAACCCGCGCCUUUUUUUGCCGUUUCCUUCUCUCACGAUGGUCCUCCACGACGCGGCGGCCGCGGCGGAUGCCGCCGAAGCGGACGCGGGUAGGGGGGAGGAGAAGAAGAGGCGAAGAAGGAAGCGGAAGGGGCGGGGGAGGAGGAAGAAGGCGACGGCCGAAGAGAUCCUUGCCUCCGGAUUCGUCCGACGGUGGGCCUUCCCUGAUGCCUCUGUCAACGACCACGACGGAGAUGGCGAUGACGGGAAGCCCACCGGAGCCGCGGGACGGGUGGUGUUCGAGUUCCACUCACACUCGACUUGUAGUGAUGGGUUCUUGUCCCCGACGGCGCUGGUGGAGAGAGCGCACAGCAAAGGGGUGGAUGUACUUGCUUUGACAGACCAUGACACCAUGGCUGGUGUAGCAGAGGCUGUGGAAGCUGCCAACAAGUUUGGAAUUAGGAUAAUUCCAGGAGUUGAGAUAAGUGCCGUAUAUUCUCCUAGGGAAGAGUCUGAGACCGAGGAACCUGUUCACAUCCUUGCAUAUUAUGGUAGCUGUGGGCCUUCACAGUUUGAAGAUUUGGAGAACUUAUUGGCCAACAUUAGAUAUGGUCGUUACCUUCGUGCAGAGGAGAUGUUGGUGAAGCUUAGUAAACUCAAAAUGCCUCUUAAGUGGGAACAUGUCGCCAAGAUAGCAGGCGAUGGUGUGGCUCCAGGAAGGGUUCAUGUGGCUCGUGCCAUGGUUGAAUCUGGUUUUGUGGAAAACUUGAAGCAAGCUUUUAGUAGAUAUUUAUAUGACGGCGGUCCUGCCUAUGCUAAGGGCAGUGAGCCAUUCGCAGAGGAUGUUGUGCGAUUGAUUUGUCAAACUGGGGGUGUAGCAACCUUGGCUCAUCCAUGGGCAUUGAAGAAUCCUGUUGUCGUCAUCAGGAGCUUGAAAGCUUCUGGUCUUCAUGCAAUGGAGGUUUAUAGGAGUGACGGGAAAUUGUCUGGGUUCGGUGAUUUGGCCGAUAGGUAUGAGCUUGUGAAAAUCGGUGGAUCAGAUUACCAUGGAAGAAGUGGGCAAGAUGAGUCCGACCUGGGGAGCGUUGCUCUGCCAGUUCUUGCUGUGUAUGAAUUCUUGAAGCUAGCUCAACCUAUUUGGCACAUUGCUAUGAGAGACAUGUUGUCAAUGUUUGCCGACGAGCCCUCUGAUAUCAAUCUACAGAAGAUUAUCAGGUUCGGAAAGUUCAACCUCACCAAGGAAUAUUCAGGUGUGAGCUGUGGCAAAGAUGUUCUUGAUCUGUGCCUAUCUUCAUGGCUAAAUAAUGAAGAAAGAGAGAAUUCCGAACUUGAGGCCAUCAAGGUGCAACUUUCUGAUACCGUUCUUUGUGAUAGAAAGAAAUGCCUGUAAGGAGCAGAUGAUUUCUUCUGGUCUUUCUCUUUCCAAUACUUGAUCGAAACAUUUUGAGCCGGUUUAAACUAGAUGGAAGUUACCUGAUUAUUACAAAAGAAAAGUUUAGGUCUUUUUGGAAAUUCAUCUUUCCUGUUUCUUCGGUAACUGAGUUGCAUGUGAUAAGAGAAAAUUCUGGUAGAACUUUGUCAAAACACAUGUGCAUAUUUAUCAUCAAUAUAUUUUUCUUCUUGA